UUAUGUCACUAUAUAUGUCAACAACAGAUGUUUGAUGUUUGUACUUUCCGAUUAUUUUCUAAAUGUUUUUGUGAAUAGAAUAAAACAGUUUAUUUUUAUUAGUAACCGCUAUUAAGUUUAUAAAUUUAUUAAAUUAUAAAUGAAAAUUGAAAUGGAAGAUGUUGACGAUAGUACAUUAUGUGAUUCUGUUUCCUCCUUAAUUGAGGGUUGUCGUCUACCGGUUCACAUGAAAGGCACCUCAGAUUGGCCGCUAGCUGAAAUUGUGAGCAUAAAAGAAAUUGACGAUGCCAAAUAUUACUAUGUCCAUUAUGUAGACUUUAAUAAAAGACUGGAUGAAUGGGUUACUGAAGAUUCUCUCGAUACACGUAAGGUGCAUUUUCCUAGAAAAGAUGCAACCACUGGUACAGGAGUAUCUACACCGAAAAAGGCACAAAUAGGAAGUGGCAUAAGUAAUAUUAGUGGGCCAGUUUCAAGACCGCCAAGUCCAGUGACACCAAGUACAGAGUUAUUAAAUGGCAACGCUGUUUUAGCUGCAGCAUUGCAAAAGAAAAUUAAUAGAAAAAGAAAAGGACCUUCGAUCGAAGGCGAAGAUUCACAAGAUGGCCCACCAAAUCAACCCACACCAGGGGGACCAAGACAGUCGGGAAGCAUGGUGUCUCACCAUGACGAUAUAGUAACUAGGAUGAAGAAUAUAGAAAUGAUAGAAUUGGGGCCUCAUAGAAUUCGACCUUGGUAUUUUGCACCUUAUCCACCUGAAAUGAUUAAAUUGCCAUGUAUAUAUAUUUGUGAAUUUUGUUUAAAAUAUAGAAAAAGUAGAAAGUGCUUAGAGAGACAUUUGGCAAAGUGCAAUCUGAGACAUCCACCUGGAAAUGAAAUUUAUAGAAAAGAUAACGUAUCGUUUUUCGAAAUCGAUGGUCGAAAGAACAAAGUAUAUGCUCAAAAUUUAUGCUUGUUAGCCAAGUUAUUUCUCGACCACAAAACUCUGUACUACGACACAGAUCCAUUUCUGUUUUACAUCAUGACUGUAUUUGAUCACAGGGGGUUUCAUAUAGUUGGAUAUUUCUCAAAAGAAAAAGAAUCGACUCAGGAUUAUAAUGUUGCAUGUAUUUUAACUCUGCCUCCUUAUCAGAGAAAAGGCUAUGGAAAGUUGCUUAUUGAAUUUAGUUAUGAACUUUCUAAAUUUGAAGGAAAAACUGGAUCUCCAGAAAAACCUCUGUCAGAUUUAGGACUUCUCUCCUACAGAAGUUAUUGGGCUCAAACAAUAUUAGAAAUUCUACUCUCAAUAAAACCUAUAGGAGAAAAUGAAAAACCUCAAAUUACAAUCAAUGAAAUUUGUGAAUUAACUAGUAUUAAGAAAGAAGACGUUAUCUCGACAUUGCAGAACUUAAAUUUAAUUAAUUAUUAUAAAGGCCAGUACAUUAUUACAUUGAGUAAAGAAAUAAUGCAGCAGCAUUAUAAAGCCAUACAGGGUAGGUCGAUUAGAAUCGAUUCUAAGGCGCUCCAUUGGACUCCAAAGGACUGGGGUAAAAGGGCAAAGUGGUAGUGUUAAUUGUGUUCAUAAAAGGACUGACGUGAAUCGUUAAUUGUGAUUUAUGUUUAAGAAUUUAAAUAAAUAUCUUCAAGUUGAUUAA